UGUAAAAAACUCUUACAAUCUAAAUAUUAUGUUUUAUUACAUAUUAAUAUUGUGGUAAAAGCAGGGAUUUUAAUGGGUAGUACUUGUAAGCGUGUAAUAGGGCCUUUCUUCUGUCACUCACAAUCAAACACUGCCAUUGGUGGAAGACCUGGUGGCCUUUUGAUGUGAAGCUCCUAUAAUAUGAUAAGACUUUGCAGUGUUAAUCUUAAAACUGCGGACAUUAGGAGAGGUACAAUGCUGCUGAUAGCAGACCUGCUCCUUUUUUUUCUUGUGGCUGUGAGAGAAGGAAAACCUACGUGUCAAACGUAUGGGACCAAAGAACUGUCUUCAUUUUUCAAGGAAGGAGACAUUACUAUUGGAGGAAUUUUUUCUUUUCACCAAAGCCCAGUCACAGCGAGUUCAACUCUUGAACUCAACCCAGGUUCAAUCCAGUGUAAAGGGCUGGACCAAGGUGAACUUCAGUAUGCAUACACCAUGAUGUUUGCCAUAGAGAAAAUAAACAACAGCUCAGAGCUUUUACCAGAUGUGACACUUGGUUACAGAAUAUUUGAUUCUUGCCCCAGUAUCCCCUUGUCCAUCAGGGCAUCGUUAAGUCUCAUGAAUAUGUACAAAGGGGAGAAAAGCAGCUGUGAUAAACCCUCCAGCGUGCAUGCUGUCAUUGGGGAUACCACUUCCACCUCCACAAUAGGCAUAGCACGUACACUAGGACCCUUCCAUAUACCUGUGAUAAGCCAUUCAGCCACUUGUGCAUGUCUUAGUAACAGAAGAGAAUACCCUUCUUUCUUCAGAACCAUCCCCAAUGACAUUUUUCAAAGCAAAGCCCUCGCAAAGCUUGUGAAACAUUUCGGCUGGUCUUGGGUGGGAGCCAUAAGAACAAAUAAUGAUUAUGGAAAUGGUGGGAUGGCCACUUUUCUCGACUCUGCAAAAAAGGAGGGCGUGUGUGUUGAGUACUCUGUAGCCAUUUACAGAACUGAUCCCAGGAAGCACUUCUUAGAAGUAGUGAAUAUUAUCAAAAAAUCCACUUCUAAGGUAAUAGUGGCAUUUGCAGACGGCACAGACCUUGACAUACUUUUCAAAGAGCUGCAUGCUCAGAGUGUAACUGGCCUGCAGUGGGUAGGAAGUGAAGGGUGGAUUACAUAUCGACAAAUUGCCACUCCGAUGAACUAUGCUGUGGUCCAAGGAGCAGUUGGCUUUGCAGCAUUAAGUUCUCCCAUCCCUGGAUUACAGGAGUUCCUAAGAAACAGUAAGCCCUCAAUUACAGAAGGAAAUCAGGGGCUUGUGGAGUUAUGGGAGAUGGUAUUCAACUGCACCCUGAACUACAAAACAGAGGCUCAUGCUCAGGAUUAUGUAGCACCAUGUAAUGGGAUAGAGACUCUAAGGAACAUUAACCUGCCUUUCACAGAUGUGUCAGAUACCAGCCUACUGAACAAUGUUUACAAGGCCACAUAUGCCAUUGCUCACGCUCUGAACCUGCUAAUCAACUGUGAAAAUGGACAGGGGCCAUUUGAUAAUAAAUCUUGUGCUGAUAGGAAAAAUAUACAGCCGUGGCAGGUAUUGUAUUACCUGUCACGGAUACGUUUCACCGCUGACACUGGUGAGAAUGUGUUCUUUGAUGAUUUGGGAGACCCUGUAGCACGUUAUGCUCUGGUAAACUGGCAGAUAGAUGAAACAGGGCAAACACGGUUCCAAACCAUUGGUUACUAUGAUGCCUCCCGGCCUGAAGGUCAACAGUUUGACAUCAACCCAGGUGUGAGUGCUGUUUGGGCUGGAGAGAACCAUGAGGUGCCAAAGUCGAUUUGCAGUGAGAGCUGUUUGCCUGGAACUUUUCGGACUUUCAUUAAAGGCAAACCUAUCUGCUGCUUUGACUGCAUCCCCUGCGCUGAGGGGGAGUUCAGCAACAGUACAAGUGAGACUGCAGGAUUCGUAGUCUUUACCCUGCUGCUCGUUGCGUUUCUGCUGGGCAAAAUUCCGGCCAGCACUUCUUCGGCAUGUCUAAAAAUGUGUAAUGUGUACCGCUUAUUUAUCCUUGCAGAUGCUGUGAACUGUCAUAAAUGCCACCCUGAGUACAAAUCCAGUGAAGAGAGGACUAGUUGUGACUUGAAAGCUAUUGAAUUCCUCACCUUCACCGAGUUAAUGGGUAUACUGCUGGUUGCCUUCUCUAUCUUUGGUGCAUGCCUUGCGAUGAUUGUGGCUGUAAUAUUUUACCACCACAGAAAAACUCCUAUGGUCAAAGCAAAUAACUCUGAGCUGAGUUUCUUGCUGUUGUUCUCCUUAAGCUUGUGUUUCCUCUGCCCUUUGACCUUCAUUAGCCGGCCCACUAAGUGGUCUUGCAUGCUGCGACACUCCACCUUCGGCAUCAUCUUUGUGCUCUGCAUGUCGUGCGUCCUGGGAAAAACAAUUGUUGUUUUAAUGGCCUUCAAUGCUACAGUCCCAGGAAGUAACGUAAUCAAAUGGUUUGGACCUGUGCAACAGAGGGUCAGCGUCCUGACUUUCACCAUCAUCCAGGUCUUAAUUUGCAUUAUGUGGCUAACAAUCAAUCCUCCAUAUCCACACAAAAAUGUUAAAUAUUACAAAGACAAAGUUAUAUUGGAGUGUUCUCAUGGAUCGUCAUUGGGGUUCUGGGCUGUAUUAGGUUAUAUUGGGGUUCUAUCUCUGCUAUGCUUUGGACUAGCCUUUAUGGCCCGGAAGCUGCCUAAUAAUUUCAACGAAGCUAAGUUUAUCACAUUUAGCAUGUUGAUAUUUUGUGCUGUGUGGCUCACCUUCAUUCCAGCUUACGUCAGCUCUCCGGGAAAGUUUACUGUAGCAGUGGAGAUCUUUGCAAUCCUGGCUUCAAGUUAUGGGAUGCUCUGCUGUAUUUUUUUCCCAAAGUGCUACAUCAUUUUAUUUAAACCUGAGAAGAAUACAAAGAAACAUUUAAUGGGUAAAGAGACAAAAGCUAUUUAAAAUACUGUAUAUGCAAUGUUGCUACAGCUGAAUCAAUACUUUUUUGUUUUGUUUAGGCUUUAGUAAGGGAAAAACAUGUCUGUGACUAGUGUCAGAUUAAAAAAUCUAUUGGGUAAUUUAGGAAUAUAAAAAAUGUUUUGCACAGAUAUGCACUUUUUUUUAAAUAAUUAAACAUGUUAACAUCCCAUUGCAUAAAUGAGUUUUUUUUUCUAGUUAAAACAGAAUAUGCUUUUCUUUUUGCAUGUAUGUGAAAUUUGCA